UCCGUCGCUGGGCCGUACUAGUUUUCCAUAACCCGGUUCAUCCGAUAUCACGACACACUUCUUUCAAACCCAUUAAGUUUUUUCAGAUUUAAGUUCCCGAAAAGAAAAAAAAUAUUCCAAGGAGAAAAAAAUCAGAGCGGGAUCAGGCGGGAUAAUUGUCUCUAAACUAGAAAUUCAAAUUUCAAAAACCCAAAUCAGUUGAUUGCGAAUCUCAAAAUCUACUCAUUUCUUAAAUAAACCCUAAGAGAGAGAAAAAAAAAAAAGAAAGAAAAAGAAGAGACAGAGAGGGAUAAAGAUAAUUAGGUUAACAAUGAAAGAAGAAGAUGAAGUGGAUUCAAUUGAGGAUAAUGGCGGAAGUAAAUCUCCAUUAGUUUACCAAUCGAAAAGAAAGAUUAAAUGUUUGGAAGGUGAUAAGGAGGAAGAGAUUGAACUGAAAGAGAAGGGGGAUUUGGGAGGUAAUGGUGAAAUCAAGGGUUUUGAAAACAAGGAAGAAGAAGAAGAAGAUGGUGAAAUUGGCCAGCAGAAGAAAAGGAGGAUGAAUGAGACUACGGAAAUAGAUGGUAAGGAGGGGAUAAGGAGAUCUAGGCGUUCGAGUAUUAAACCGCCCGGGACUUAUACGGAGAUAACCAGUCUGCCUAAAGCGGAGAAAGUUCCCAGACUGCCUAAAGAGAAGAAAGUUCCCAGAAUUCCUAAAGAGAAGAAAGUUCCCAAAGAAGUAGUACCUAAUACUCCUCACAAUGGGAAAAAAAUAUGGAUUAAAGAAGGGAAUAAGAAGAAGUGUGUUACAAUCAUUGAUGGAGAAGUCAAAGAAUCCAAUAUGUGCCAUCAGUGCCAACGGAACGAUCGACCAGGAGAAGUUAUUCGCUGCAAAGUUUGUCCGAAUAAGCGGUUCUGUCAGCCAUGUAUAAAGAAAUGGUAUCCUGAUGCCUCCCUAGAGUCGCUUGCACAGGCUUGCCCUGUUUGCACUGGAAUAUGCAACUGCAAAAAUUGCUUGCGCGUGUACUUAAAAUCAGUGGAGGAAUCAGAAAGGAAGAUAGGACCUGAAGAAAAGGUCCAGUACUCUAAAUAUUUGUUGAAACAUCUUCUUCCGGUGCUGAAACAGAUUAACCAAGAACAAGAAACUGAAAAGCAGGUUGAAGCUACUAUUCAAGGAUUAUCACCAUCAGAAGUAAAGGUAAAGAAUGCAAAUUGUGAUGAUGAUGAACGCAUGUACUGCAACAACUGCCGAACUUCUAUAGUUGACUAUCACCGGAGCUGCUCAAACUGUAGUUAUGAUCUUUGCCUUACCUGUUGCCGAGAGAUUCGUGAUGGUUCCUUCCAAGAGGGUGGAGAGGAAGUAAAUGUGAAGUUUGUCAACAAAGGGAAUUCGUACAUGCAUGCGGAAUCUGAAGAAUCUCUGAAAUGUACAGCAAGGUCAAGAGCAAAAUCAGAAGCAGAAAAAUGCGUUAAAUCAAUUGAUGAGAACCCGGAAAAUAGCGAUAUGAUUCCUGAACCUACUGAUGUUCCUGAGGAUAAUGUGAAGCUAAUAUCUGAGUGGAAAGUGAUGGAAAAUCGUAGCAUCCCUUGUGCCUCUUGUGGUUCUGGUCUUCUAGAACUGAAAUGUAUCCUUCCAGAAAAUUGGGUGUCUAAAUUGAAAAAAAGUGCAGAUGAAAUAGCAACAAAGUACAAUAUUUUUGAUGGUCCAGUGACUGCCACAGAGACAUGCUCCUGUUCCAACCCAGUUGGCGAUGCAGACAUUAACAACGUUAACAUACGGAGAGCUGCUUCCCGAGAAUCUGAUGACAACUAUUUAUAUUGUCCAACUGCAAGAGACGUUCAACAUGGAGACCUGGAUCACUUCCGGAGGCACUGGUGCAAAGGCGAGCCAGUGAUUGUUCGCGAGGUUAAUGAACUCUCCUCUGGCUUAAGCUGGGCGCCCUUGGUUAUGUGCAAAGCAUUACGCGAGAAAUCUAAUUCAAGGGUGAUGAAAGGUGAAGGUCACUUGGAGGUGACAGCUAUGAACUGUAUGGAUUGGUGCGAGGUUGAGAUUAAGAUACAAGAGUUUUUCAAAGGCUAUUCCGAAGGUCGUAUGCACCCAAACAUGUGGCCGGAGAUGCUCAAACUGAAAGACUGGCCUCCUGCUGAUAUGUUUGAGGAGUGGUUACCACGCCAUUGUGUUGAAUUUGUCAGUGCAUUACCCUAUCAACAGUACACACACACAAAGCGCGGAUUUCUUAAUCUUGCUACCAAGCUGCCACCAACUUCGUUGAAGCCAGAUUUAGGUCCAAAGACGUAUAUUGCCUAUGGACAUGCAGAAGAGCUUGGUCGAGGUGACUCUGUUACCAAACUUCACUGUGACAUGUCUGAUGCGGUGAACGUGUUGGCUCACAUGCAUGAGGUAUCUCUAAAGGAUCCACAGCUUGGUAAGAUACAAGAAGCGAAAAAGAGGCACAUGGCCCAGGAUAAGAAAGAAAAUGAGGACUAUGCCAAGAUUCAUCAUGCAGACUUAACGAAGGAGAACUGCAGCGUUAACAGUACUGAAGUGGGAAAAGAAUGUAAUGUUUUUGAGUCUGAAAAUUACUCUAAAAGUUCUGGUGGUGCUCUCUGGGAUAUCUUCCGCAGAGAAGAUGUUCCGAAGCUACAGGAGUACCUUAGAAAGCAUUCUCGGGAAUUCCGACACGUAUACUGUUCUCGAGUUGAGAAGGUCAGUCACCCGAUUCACGACCAGACAUUUUACUUGACGUUUGAGCAGAAAAGGAAGCUCAAGGAGGAAUAUGGAAUUGAACCAUGGACCUUUGUGCAAGAACUUGACGAGGCCGUAUUCAUUCCAGCUGGUUGUCCUCACCAAGUGAGGAACUUAAAGUCGUGUAUAAAAGUGGCGGUUGAUUUUGUUUCACCUGAGAAUGUCCCGGAAUGCAUGCGGUUAGCUAAGGAGUUUCGUUUGCUUCCUCGGAACCAUUGGGCUAAGGAAGAUAAAUUGGGGGUCAAGAAAAUGACCCUCUAUGCUGUCAAAAACGCUGUGGAUACCGUGCACGCUGGCCAAAAUAAGAAAGAAAAGAAGGAGGAGAGCACCAACAAAAACUCCAAAUCCGGUGGCAGGAAAAGGCAGUCCAAAAGAGGAAGCAAGGGUGAAAUAGAAGAGAUAGGAAGAGCAGAAAAGGAAAACCCUGCAAUGGGAAUGGUUGUUGAGGAAGAGGCUGUAGAAGGUGCUGCAAUGGAAAUGGUUGUCGAGGAAGAGGGGGUAGAAGGUGCCGAACCUUGAUGUUUUCACGUAACUUAAAUGUGAUUAGGACUUGUAUCAUGUGUAGUUCUUGAUCUCUCUACAUUGUUUCUCAGGCAUCUUUUUUUUCUACGGCUAUCAUGUGAAGUUAUUGACAUCAGGGAAGUUCAUUUUUUGCUGCGGUUUGUCCAAUUUUUUGUUGUUGCUGCCAGAAAAAUCAAGGCUCCCUGAUAGUGUUGGUCCAUCUGUUAACAUACAAUGUCUACUUGUAUAUUAAUCGGUAUCUUUUGCUACAUUCUAUAAAUCUUAACUUUUGCUA